AUGAGCGAAUAAGUAAUACAGAACAACUUUUAAGCUACAAAUGAAUUAUAAUAACAAAUAAAAGACUUUCUUUCACUGAAAAGAUAUACAUACAUAAAACAAGUUGGCUCAAAUUUUUAUUCGAAAGUAAUUUAUGCCUAUUCUUAAGUUUUAAAAGAAAAUUUUGCCAUUAAAAUUAUCAUAUAUUAACAUUUCGAAGAUGAGCAACUUAAAAAAAUAAAAAAUGAAAUUUAUAAAUAUUCUAAUUUGAUUGAUAAAAGUAAUUACAAUAUUUAAAUAUAUGAAUAAAUUGAAGAUCCAAAUUAAAAAUUCAUUGGAUUUGUUUAUGACUAUUUUGAUUGCAAUUUAGAGAGCAUUUUAGAUUCAAAUUAAUUUACAUUUGACUAGGUUGUAAAUUUAACGAAAUAGUUAUUAGAAUGUUUAAGUAUUUUUUAAGAAAAAAAUGCUAUUCAUUGCAAUAUAAAACCAUAAAAUAUUUUAUUCAAUAAAUCAGAAUGCAAAUUUGUGAUAGUUGAUUAUGGUGUUUCAUAUUUAUUAGAACAAAUAUUAUCCUAAAAAACCAAAAGCAUACUAGGAUCUAAUGCUGCUUAUUAAUCACCAGAAUUACUUGAUAAACAAGAACCCUUUGACAUAAAAUCGGAUGUGUUUUCUGUAGGACUAAUAAUAACUGAAGCUCUCUUAAAAAGGCGUCUGUAAGGAAGAGAACAUAUUAACUUAAAGCUUUACAGUUUAGAAAGAGGAAUGGAAGAAUAGUAGAAAAAAGAAAAUGAAUUGUUUUUACAAUAAAUCUUAUUCAAAAUGGUCAACCCAGAUCUAAAUAAAAGGCUUAUUCCAUCCUAACUCCUUGACUGUUUGAAAAUUUUUUAUUAUAAUUAGGAUUGCCUUAAAACUAUCAAUAUAUGUUCAAUAUAAUGUUUUUAAGUAAACAAAAUUGAGGAAAUGGUAUAUGCUAUUUAAUAUGAAAAAAUUGAGGUAAUUUUAAAAAAUAAAAAUAUAACUGCUGAGGGAGCCCAUCAACUUUAAUCCAAUUUAAUAAAAUGCCAAAAUUUAACUUUCUUGAUUCUCGAUCUUUAAACAAACGCUAUAGGCAUUGAAGGAGCAACUCAUAUAGGAUUUAGUUUGAAGUAAUUAAAGAAUUUAACUUCAUUGCAUCUUAAUUUAUCUGAAAAUUAUAUUUAAGUUCAAGGAAUAAAUGAAAUAGGAUUAGGAUUAUCUUGCUUACAUUAACUCUAAGAUUUGAAACUCAAUUUUUGUGAUAAUAAAAUUGGAGUGUAAGGGGCUUAAUGGUUUGCUAGCAGAUUACAUGACUUGAAAUUAAUAAAAAGUCUAGAUUUAAAUUUAGAUUCUAAUGAUAUUUAAUCAGUUGGAGUAUAGUAUAUUAUAUAAUCCCUCUAAAAAAAUACUAAAAUAGAAUCUUUAAGACUAAGCUUAUAUUAAAAUAACAUAUGUUAAAUAGGAGUUAAUAGUAUAGAGUAAUUUAUUUAAAAAUUAAAUAAAUUAGUUUACUUAAAUAUUAAUUUAUGUGAUAAUGAUAUUUAAGAUCCUGGUGCUAAUUCUAUCGGGAAUUGCUUAGAAAAAUUAAAAAACCUCAAAAGACUUUAUCUCAAUUUGAAUAAAAACAAUAUAAAAAAGCAAGGAGCCUCCAAUCUUUUUAAAGGUUUACAAUAAUGUGUUAAUAUUACAGAACUGAGUGUAGUAUUAAAAAAUAAUAAAGUCGGAAAAGAAGGAGCAGCUGAUCUUGUCUCUGCUUUAGGACAUCUAAAGAAUAUGUCUAUAUUGAAAUUAGACUUUUGCAAUAGUGAAUUCGACUAUGAUUCUUUUAAAAGAUUAGCUUAUUGCUUAUCUAAAUAAACUAAUCUCAAGCAGAUAAAUAUUGAUUUAAGAUAAAACGAGUUGAUUUAACAAGACAAACGGUAUUUCUAAUCUCAAAUUUAAAAAUUAAAAUUAGAAGAUCUUCUAUUAGAAAUAUGA